AGGAUGUUUAUUUAAUAAAUGUUUCGGUGUUUUUAUAAUGAUACCACAUCAGACCUUGCGGUGACAAUCGAUCAUUAAAUUAAUAAAUUCGAUAAUUAGAAUAAUCCAUCAGCCAACCAAAAUCAAAACGAUGAAAUUGAGAUAUUUUUAGACCAAAAUUUUAUACUCAUAUUUAUGUUUAGAAAAUCUUGGCCAACUACAAUGUGGAAUUGGAUAAAUAGGACCUGGGCUUUCUCGUUUUCACUAAUUGGUAUAGUAUUAUAAGUUUUAAUUACAAUGUUUAUUAAUUUUAUAAUUACAGAUUAGUUUAUACAUUGUACACUAUAACCCCUUACACAUGUUAAAUGUUUUCAUUUAACUGAAUCUAAAGUGUAAAUAUACGAACAUAUGUCGCUCUUUUUUCGGUAUGUCAAAAUCCUAGAUGUUACGCGUUUUUUCGAGAAAAAAAUAUAAUAAACAAUAAAAUUGUGAAUAGACUUAUACAGGAUGCUGUUGGUGGCUCCUGAUGCCCAGAAGCCUGUCUGCAGCCAGAACAAAGGCAAUCUUCAAGCAUACAAUCCUUACAACCGCAAGAUAGCUGCAAACUUACGCGUCAUAAACUGGCUCGAGAGCUACAAGGUAAAGCAGAAUGACAAAAACAAGGACAAACAUGAGAAAACGAGAGUGCUGAAGAAAGCAUCGAAAGGGAAGAUCGUCGAACAGCCGUUACAUCGGGAGGACGAGAAGAUAAUAAUUAUCAAACAGAAAAAGAAUUCAAAAAAGAAACUGAAGAACAUUGAAAAUAAUAGUGACACUUUAAUAUCUGGUUCCUUCCUUGGUGGACUCUUGACCAGCUCACUGAAGAGCAACCAGGUCGAGAUAAACACGGACACGAAGACACAGAAGACGGUAGCACGGCUGAGAGAACCCAGGGACCUUUUCACCUUACCAAGGGAACCAGAAUGUUCUCAGGAGACGGCAAGAUGGCCGUCGGAAUGCCAGUUUAGCAGGUCUACGAGCCGAAGUAACGUACUCAGCCCGCAGCCCGCCAAAGAGCACGACCUCAAGUUCGAGUCCCGCUUCGAGUCCGGCAACCUGUCGAAGGCGAUCAAGAUCACAGAGGUCUACUACCAGCUCUACCUGAGGACCGACCUCUACACCAACCGCCACUGCCAAUGGUUCUACUUCAUGGUCGAGAACAUGAAGAAGAAUACGCAGUACAGAAAGGAUGAGGAGGACCCGGAAUGUACUUACACCCUGACGUUUCAGUUGGAAUUUCCUUACGAUGAUGACUGUUGCUUCCUUGCCCAUAGCUAUCCUUACACGUACACAAAUCUUCAAGACUACCUCUAUAAACUUCAGAACCAUCCUAUAAAAUCUCUUCACACAAGACUGCGACUUCUCUGCAAAACUCUAGCAGGAAAUAAUGUAUAUUAUUUAACAGUAACUGCACCACAGAGUUCUGAAGAUUCCUUGAAGAAAAAAAAAGCUGUAGUGAUAUCAGCUAGAGUCCACCCGGGAGAAACUCCUGCAUCAUACAUGAUGAAGGGUCUUAUAGACUUCAUCACUGGAGAUGCAAAAGCUGCACAGGAACUUAGGGAAAGGUUCAUCUUCAAGCUGAUACCAAUGUUAAAUCCAGACGGUGUCAUCGUAGGCAACAGUAGAUGUUCUCUGACUGGACGAGACCUGAACCGUCAAUUCCGUACUGUGAUAAGGGAAACGUACCCUCCUGUCUGGCACACCAAGGUCCUCAUCAAGAGGUUAAUGGAAGACUGCGGAAUAGCAUUGUAUUGUGAUCUUCAUGCCCAUUCGUCAAAACAUAAUGUGUUCAUUUAUGGCUGUGAAAACAAAAGAAAUCCCGAUAGAAGACUGCAGGAACAGGUCUUCCCUCUCAUGCUUCACAAAAACAGUUCUGAUAAAUUUUCUUUUGAAAAUUGCAAGUUCCGUAUCCAAAAAAACAAAGAAGGAACAGGACGAGUCGUUAUGUGGAUGCUGGGGAUCGAAAAUAGUUACACCUUGGAAGCCUCAUUUGCUGGUUCUACCCUUGGAAUGCGAUCAUGCUCGCACUUCAAUACCAGCGAUUAUGAGGCGAUGGGGAGAUCGUUUUGUGAAACACUUCUCGACUUUCUCGAUGAUGCUCCGGUUAAGUCGAAAUUGAGGACAAAAAUACUCCAGAAAUUACAAAAAGAGGGCUCAAGCGCAGACGAACCCGCAAACGUAAGCGUGUCUGAUUAUUCUAGUGAUGAUGGUGAAAUAACCGAUUCGAGCGACGACGAAAAAAAAAAAAGGGAAGAUUUUUUUCUAACGGCUCCACCACCAUCUCCAGAAACUGUUCGGGAAAAAUCGAGAACAUAUAAGGUAGUCACGGCUAUCCCAACGGCAACAAUAGACUUGGAUAGCGGAGAACUCCAUUCUUCGGGAGACGAGAAGGGGAGACAGAGCCCUCAGCGAAGCAAGCCCGACACAUCAAAACCCACAACAAUUAGGCUUGACUUCAUUGAUAUGCCACCCGAGCUUGUUAUCACUUCGACUCAAGGCAGCGAUCUGAGCGUCUUUGAGCGCCUAUAUAAGAGUGCACAGCAGUCCAAAGAAGUCUCAAAAUCACCAACUAGAAGAGACAGUUGUAGACGUUGCAGCCCUGGCAGAUACGGCAAGAAGAGUUACAGGUAUUAA